UUUAGCUUGUUAACUGAGGCUAUGUAUGAAAAUCUAUUGGCUAGACAAGACACAAACACUUUUGGUACGAUCAAAUACAAAUGACAGCCUACUAUAAGAAUAAGAUUAAUCUAAAACUUAGUCCACUGAAUCUGGCUAAAAAGUUGUAUUAAUAUGAGGAAAAUGGAUGGUUUAUAGAUAUUUUGCUUACUAAACCAAAAUAAGGAAUAAGGUUCCUUUGGAUUGAAGUGACAAAAUAAAAAAAUGGUACUUGCUUCAACAUUUGAUUUGCAAUUUAUUCUUCUUUUGUUAUAAAGUAGAGCAUAUUAUUUAUAAAGCCGAGGAAAAUUCGAAACAACUGUUUGGUCAUGGUGAGACAAAUGACGAAACAUCUGAACAAAGUGUUGAAGUUUGAAGUUAAGUUUGGGUGCUUCUAUUUUGGUUGCUUACAAGUCUAAGAUCUUAAUCAAAUCACGCAUAUUAAUUUAUAAUGAGUAUGUAUCCUAUCUUAUAAAUUAAACGUAGAUUUAUAAAUCAUAAGAAAGUUUGUUGUUAGUAUGAUCAUUUUUACUAACAUUCAGAACUUAGUAUGAUCGUCUUGCGGGAUUGUUAUACGCUGUUGGAUUGAAGACUAAGGAUACAUCGGAAGAAAUAGACUAGACCGUGGCCUUAAUAUUUAUUUAGCUUUAACUACACAUUUUAUCUUCUUCGUUUGUUCCUUUUUCUAUUCCUUACAAUGAAUUCAGCAAUAUAACAUUUUGGGUGAACUGCUCUUCUAACUCAUGUUAGCAGAUAGACUAUUCUUAUUAUGGUGUUGGCUGGUUUACCACUUUGAACAUAGUCUUGAAAGAUUUGAGGCUGCCUCGUUCAUUGCCCCAAGUGUCGUUGCAUUGGAGUUGUGUAGAUUUGCCCCCACCUGAAACAUGUUGGAUAUUUUGAAUCUAUUCAAGAUGACGACUACAUGUACUAAAAUUAAUCAAAAAUAUGGUCCAUUGAAAUGAAUGUAGCUACAUGUUAUAUUAAUAUGAGCAAAUUGGACGGAUAAUUGUGCUUACAAAACCAGAACAAAGGAAUAAUUAAGGUUCCAAGAUUGAAAUGACAUUUGAGACCACUCAGUUGUUGUUGUACCUGUUUGUUAAAUGAGGAUUGUUUGUGUUUCACCAGCGUUCUCUUAUAAAGUAUAUAUUUCCGGUUUGGCUUGUUUCUUGUUAGUUUUCACUUUAGGUCGUUGUUUGUAAUUGUAGUCUGUUUAUCGCUAUUAGUUUUUGUCUUUCUUUGUUUCUUGUGUUUCGUUAGAACGUUUUGUCAACAAAAAUCUAUAUAUAUAUAUAUAUAAAGGAGAGUUGUCUCUCUCCUUAGGCUAUCCAGCUCAGCAAGGAAGGAGGGGCAUUUUAAGACACGUGGCAGCUUCUCUUUUCAAUUCACGUUUGGUUUUGCAAUGCCCACAUCUGUUUUCAAUUGAUUUAGGAGAGAUGAUUAAUCACGGCCAAUCAAUGGUUGUUUCGCUUCUGAUGAAGUUAACGGGAAACAGAAGCCGUUAUGGAGAGCAUUCAAUCGUCGUUGUUAACUUCCUUCUUAAUUCAUUUUUACCCAACUCCUUCCACGUUUUCUCAUUAAAUGCAUCUCCUCUGCUUCCAGUCUGUGAAUCUUCAGAUAUAAAUAGGUGAGUCUUGAUCCCGUAAUCUCACAACUUUUCUUUAGCAGAAUGAUGAACUCCUCUCUCCUCCUUGCUGACUUGAAACCGGUCGCCGUAGCACCACCGUAGAAUAUUGUCUGAGAUUAUGGGUGUUGAUAUACUCUUCCUAGAUGCUAAGGUAGUCCCGACGAUAUUAAAUUCAAACCCUUUUAAUUUUCCUUUAAGAUCUUUGAGCGUUACAAUUGACGAUAAUAUAAAAAACAUUUGAUAUACACAUCUUUUUAAGUCGAACCUUGUGCAAGCUACCGUCAGUGUCCACCGUUUGAACACUUUCAAUUCUGCAUUAUUUUCAUGCGUGGGCACCAUUCUCUUCUUAAAUGUUAAACUCUCAUUUCAAUUGCAGGGCGUUUGUUUUUUUUUUUAACGCAACUUCUGGAAAACAUUUUUACUUUGAGAAGAAAACUGAUGCAGAGAGGUUUUAUUUUGACAAGUUGUCACGGGGAAUACUUCAACCACCUCUUUGUUUGCGGUUUUGAAAAAGUAGAAUCUCUGACCAUAGGCGAGCUUAACGAGUUUGUAGUAACUGCUCAGCCUCAGGCAGUCGAGUUUCUCUGCACAGGCAAGGUCACCAAUAUUAUGACUAAUGGCUGGUGCUACAUCUCUUGCUCUAAGUGUUCAAAGAAGCUCCAGCGAGGGAUCUCAUCAUUCACAUGCAUCAGUUGAAUGAUACCAAUGUCGACGUCCUCAGGUGGAGCUUAUUGCGGCAUAUGAAAGUGAUGAAGCUGUGUUUGGUGGCUUCAACGGGAAGAUGACAAAACUAACUAAUAUCAGAGCCACUGAAGUUGGGCAUCUUUUGGUGUUGAAAACCUUGAAGACAGUCAGCUCUCUCUGUACAUUGCUGACCUUGUGGGCAAGAGUUACAUGUUCCAGCUUAUGUUGUCCCACUUCAACUUUACUUCCACACAUCAGACAUCAGACAUUAUUAUCUCUUCCUUUCAAACCUUGGAAAUUUGAAGAGACGUCAAGAUUCCCUCUUACAUGCAGUUGAUGCAACCAAAUUGACUUACAUUACAUCCUCAUCUUAACUGCAGAAGACUCCACCGAAUCAUCUUCAAUUUCCCUAACGCUGGCUUCCACAGCAAAGAGACUGAUUCAGUAAGUAAGUGCAUGUUUUGGCAUUACUGGUUUUUGUACUGAUGUUUUGUCUCGCAGAUGAUUUUGUAUACUGGCUGCUACUGCAAGUUUUAAUUAAAUAAGCUCAAAAGAACAUUUACAUAAUUCUUUUUUACACUUUCAUUUAGAUUGGGGGAAUUUUUUUCAGACGAGUCAACUUAUAUGUUUGUUUCAAAUAAUACGUAUAUAUUCUCUGUCUGCUUUCAAAGUAUUAUUCAGGCUUACAUUUAUCAAAAAUAACAAUAUGUGAUAUAUACUGUACUAAUCCCAAUGGUCAAUAAUAUAAAGCUAAGUUUCAAAGCUUUCACACUUUAUCCAAUAACAACUCUCUCUUGUGGACAAAUGGCAACGAUAUCAAAAGAAAUGAAAUUGUCCGAUCAUACAUUCAAAUGUUAAUUGACAAUAAAAAUUGUGAUCUUCUAACAAAUAUUAAACUUUGUGUUAUAAUUAACCGACACUCCGUGCGAAAAAUGUGAAGAACUGUUUCUCACAAUUUAAAGUUAAAACCUAUUAUAUUUAUUAAUACAAUUUAAAGUAAAUUUUCAUUUCCAAAAAGAAUUAAAAUAUUUUUUGAUCAAUAAAUAAAAUAUAUUUUAAUAUAAAAUAAUUUUAUUGUAAACUCACCCGCCCGUAGGGCGGGCCAACCACUAGUAAAAUAUAAAACCUACUCCUAAAAAAAAAUCAAAAAGGUUACAAUAACACUAUACGCAUAAUGUGGGCUUUAGAGGAAUGAAAGCCCAUUUUCCAAAUGACUUCCAAGUUCAUCGAAUAAUCGAAUUUUCUAUUUUUGGGUCAAUAAUAACCGGUGUUUUUUAUAAGAAGUAACAACAAAAAUCGACCAAUCACAAAGUUACGGGGUUUGCAAAGAUAACCGAACUAAAUCACUAAUCAUCGUAAGAAAUUUCCAGCGUAGGUUUGAAGUAUAUUGUUAUACACUACGUAUACUUCAUCCAGUUAAAAUAAGCAUGGUGUUGACAAUAUUCAUGGACCUUAAUAAACAAAUUAAAAUUGGUUUGCUGUAUUCCAGCAUGUAAAUGAAUGUUUGAACUUAUGUUUUGCUGUUAACAUUUUGAACUUAUGUUAAAAUUCUUUACUAGUUUAAGGUAGAGACUAGAGAUCAGUCGCACAUUUUCUAGCUGUAACACGUAUAUUCAACAAACCCUAUAUAUUUUGAUAUAUAAAUAAAUAUAAUAAAACAUGAUACAUGAUAGUUAUAGUGAAACGAAGAGAAACAGUACACGUUAAUAGGUCUUAGGUUAACUUUUAUGCCAAAACAUAUCAUAUAGCACAGCCAUUUUUAUUAUAAAUUAAAUUAUCAUGAAUUAAUAUACGCAAAUUGUUUGGCAAAGAAGUUCAUCACGGUAAACAAAAAACAUUAUUAUAAAUGUUGCCACUAAUAAUGAAUCAAUGAUUCCUAAGAUCUUCCUAAAAAUAUUAAGUGGAAAGACAAGAAAAAGAAUUUCCUAAAUCGAGUAUGUGCUGUAAAGGUCUAGUUGGCUGCAAAAAGUCAACAUUUUGAAAGUCAAACUAAUCGGUCUGAAAAAACAAAUGUUUUGGUCAAUAUACUCGUCGGUUGAACAUUCAUUUCAACUCCAAAACCAAACUAGUUAAACACACAGACAAGAACACAAAUUCGAUCGAAAGAAACUCUCUUUCCCAAUGGAUCCGUCGGAUUAUUUAACCGGUAAUAAUCCUUCCGACCAACAGAACCAGAAACGACAGCUACAGAUCUACGGUCCUCGUCCUUCCCCUCUCAGCGUCCACAAAGACUCUCACAAGAUCAAGAAACCUCCCAAGCACCCUGUUCCGCCUCCUCAGCAUCAUCACCGCGACCAAGCUCCGCUCUACGCUCCUCGAGAGCCGGUGGUUAUCUACGCCGUCUCCCCGAAAGUCGUGCACACCACAACCUCCGAUUUCAUGAACGUCGUCCAGCGUCUCACCGGGAUCUCCGCCGGGGUCUUCCACGAAUCCGGAAACGGCGGAGAUGUAUCGCCGGCGGCAAGACUCGCCGCGACGGAGAAUGCUAGCCCAAGAGGAGGAAAGGAACCGACGGCGGCGGCGGCUAAAGAAGAGACGGUGGAAAUCGCUACGGCUAUGGAAGAAGCAGCUGAGUUCAGUGGCUAUGCUCCGGGAAUACUCUCGCCGUCUCCGGCUAUGCUGCCGACAGCUUCCGCCGGAAUAUUCUCGCCGGGAUGGUUUUCUCCGUCGGGAUUAAUGAGCCCGUUUAUUCUUUAUAGUCCUAGUUAUGCUAGUUUGGUUGCUUCACCAACGUUUGCUGAUGUCUUUAGUAGUCAUAUUUGGGAUCUUUAGAGAAAUUGUUUUUAGAUUUUUAUGUAAUUUUUAUUCAUUUUAACAUGAGCCCAAAGGGGUUAAGAUGAGAGCUUUGUGUCUUUGUAAUGGAAAACUAUAACAUCUUCAUUCAACUUCAAAA